AUGACUCUCGAGGGGGGAAUGAGAUGCGUCAAGUACUUGCUCUUCUUUUUCAACUUCAUCUUCUGGUUAUGUGGCCUGGCACUGAUCGUGGUGGGCGUGCUGGUGCAGGUGUCCUUACACCAGACGGUCAUGAUGAAGGACGCGUCGGCCUCGGGAGCGCCCAUCGUCAUCAUCGCCAUCGGCGUGGUCAUUUUCUUUAUCUCCUUCUUUGGUUGCUGCGGCGCUUGGAAGGAAAACUACUGCAUGGUUACCAUGUUCUCCAUCCUUCUCUCGUUGGUCAUCCUCGUGCAGAUUGCAGCGGCCAUCGCCGGUUAUAUCUUUAGAAACAAAGUGUCCAGUGUGGUCCAAGACAGUUUGGCGGAUAUGAUUUCCAGGUACAGCAACAGCUCGGAGGAAUUCAAAGCCAGCGUGGAUUCUCUACAGAAGGAGUUGAAAUGCUGCGGCAUGAACGGCUCCUCCGACUGGCGCGACUUCCGCCCCGAUGGGAAUUCCGUGCCCGACUCGUGCUGUGUGAACGUGUCAGUCAAUUGCGGUGUCGGGGCCAUGGCUGACUCUGCUAAAGUGCACCAAGAGGGUUGUCGCACCGCACUGGAGGCUCUUCUGAAGAAAAACAUCCUGUGGGUGAUCGUCGCUGCUCUCGUCCUCGCUUUUAUUGAGAUCAUGGGCGUUGUGUUCGCCUGCUGUUUAAUGCGAGGCAUCCGCAGUGGCUACGAAGUCAUGUGA